AUGCAAACAUCAGAGGAAGGCGUUCAACAGACCGAACUAAAGUCGAGUCCCAGCAAUCCAUUCCGAAAUCCACAACAGUUACAACAACUACAGCAGCAACAAUCAAUUUAUCCGCCAAAUUAUCAGAGCGCCAGUAUAGACAGUACAGGAGGAGGUGGUGAAUGUAAAGGAGGUGAAUUUAAAGGUGGUGAACAUUUUUUGUCAUCAUGGGGCAACUUCCAUUCAUGGAUGAUACGAUGGCGUGGAUCACGAAGGUUGGUUCUCGUUAUCGUUGCCAUAGCUUUGCUGUUGGAUAAUAUGCUUUUGACUGUAGUUGUCCCGAUUAUACCAGAAUUUAUUUAUGAUAUAAGACAUCCGGAUGCACCUCUAUCUAGUUUCCCAAAGUCUCCUCCACCGAUGACAACUCCUGCAGAUAGCGAUGCACUUGGAAGUGAUUACACCACAUCUAGCUACGAUAACGCAAGUUGGUACGCAGAAAGAGAAGAGCGUCAUAAAGAACUCGUCGAUGAAACGGCUGAGAUCGGUGUGAUGUUUGCCUCAAAAGCCUUUGUGCAGCUUCUUUCGAAUCCUUUUGUAGGGCCAUUGACUCAUAAGUAUGGACACUGUAUACCAAUGUUUGCAGGAUUUGUCAUCAUGUUCUUAUCAACCUUAAUAUUUGCGUUUGGUCGUACAUAUCCAGUUCUUUUUAUUGCACGUGCAUUACAAGGUAUUGGUUCUUCAUGUUCGUCCGUUAGUGGAAUGGGAAUGUUAGCAGAUCGCUACACAGAUGAUAAGGAACGUGGUAAUGCUAUGGGUUUUGCACUUGGUGGUCUUGCACUUGGAGUACUUAUCGGUCCACCAUUCGGAGGUUUUAUGUACGAGUUUGUCGGCAAAACUGCACCUUUCCUUGUUCUAUCUUUCCUUGCUCUUGGUGACGGAAUGCUUCAGCUUUUUAUGCUCCAACCAUCAGUUGCACAUUCAGAAUCGGAAGCUCCUUCACUUAAGGCACUUAUCAUGGAUCCAUAUAUUCUCAUAGCAGCAGGUGCAAUCACAUUUGCUAAUAUGGGAAUCGCUAUGUUGGAACCAUCGUUGCCGAUUUGGAUGAUGGAUAAUAUGGAUGCAUCAAGAUGGGAACAAGGCGUGACUUUCCUUCCUGCAUCAAUUAGUUAUCUUAUAGGAACAAAUCUGUUUGGACCAUUGGGACAUCGAAUUGGCAGAUGGAGAGCUGCAUUGAUUGGACUUGUUAUGAUUGGAGCUUGUUUGAUUGCUAUUCCAUCAGCAACAUCCAUGUACCAUCUCAUUCUGCCAAAUGCUGGAUUAGGCUUUGCUAUUGGUAUGGUUGAUUCAUGUAUGAUGCCUGAGCUUGGAUAUCUCGUCGAUAUUCGACAUUCUGCUGUGUAUGGAAGUGUUUAUGCUUUAGGUGAUGUCGCAUUUUGUCUUGGCUUCGCUAUCGGACCGGCUCUUAGUGGAACAUUAGUAAAGAAUAUUGGAUUCGAGUGGAUGAUGUUUGGUAUAGGUGUUUUAUGUUUCAUUUAUGCACCAUUACUACUAUUCCUUAAAGCUCCACCAACAAAGGAAGAGAAAAAGGUGGGUGAUGACGAUGGUUAUACUAACAAUGCGAUUGAUUUAUGUGAUGAAAAUUCAAAUAAAACUCAUGAGAAUAAUGGAAUUGCAGCUGAGAAUUUAUUUACCAAGUUAUGA